AUGAAGAUUCGUUUGGUUGUAUACACUGGCGGAAAGUGGGAAAUCGUUAACGGAAAGUUGGAGUAUGUUGCUGAUGCUGAUUCAAGUAGACGUGGUUUAGAAAUUGAACCCAACCUUUCAUACACCGCUCUUUUAAGUAAACUGUCAAACAUUUGGUUUGGUGUUGGAUCAUCUGGUUUUUCAAGUCCAAAAAAAUUUUUAGUUCCUGAUUUAAAUUUCUGUACUGAUGAAGAAAAUUAUGAUGUUGUAAACGACUCCCAACCAAAUCCUGAUAAUUCUUUCGAAAAUUGUUCGCGAUCUUCAUCAAUUACUUUUGAACCAGGUCACAUAGAUCCUCUAAAACUCGGUACCAGGUGUCAUGUUUGGUCGACGGUUGCGGUUGGCGUUUCCGUGCAAGGAGUUUUGGAGAUAGUGGGGUGUUUUUUGUUAAGAGCCUUUAACGAUAAACACACGUGCUCGAAGACGCUAACGUACCCACAUGUUCGUCAGGCAAACCCACAUGUUGUUGCUCAUUAUUUAAAAGAACCUUUAAAAGACAGUGGAAGAAUAUAUCGUUGUAAUGAAAUAGUGAAAGAUUUUAGACAGAGAUUCCAAGUUGAGAUAACCACUAGUCAAGCUUGGCGUGGAAAAAGUCUGGCACUAGAGCUUUUACAAGGAUCAAGCAGAGAGUCGUUCGCAGAACUACCACUUUACUGUUACAAUCUUGAGCGGGCAAAUCCUGGUUCUGUUACACAUAUCAAGACUGAUGACGAGCGUCGGUUUGAGAUGGUCUUUGUCGCGAUUGGUGCUGCGAUUCGUACCUUUAUAUGCAAUUUAAGACCGGUGGUGAUCAUUGAUGCUGCACACCUAAAGGGUGAAUUUAAAGGGACGUUAUUUUUAGCUGUAGGGAUGGAUGGAAACAACCAAAUUUUACCAAUUUCCUACGGAAUAGGAAAAUCAGAGGAUGGUGAAUGUUGGACAUGGUUUCUGUCAAAGCUUAAAGAAUGUAUCGGUGAAAUACCUGAAAUGGCCAUAAUUUCGGAUAGAGCGAAUUCUAUACAUCUGGCUGUUAGAAACGUCUUUCCACAUGUUUAUCAUGGGUUAUGUUGUCGUCAUUUAAUGAUGAACCUACGUUUACCCUCUGAUAAAAAAAAAGAAAAUGAGAAGUUGUGGUGGAAGACAUGCAAAUCGUACCGAUUGUCUGAUUUUAACGAGUCAUUUAAUGCUCUUUGUCUUGCCGUUCCUAGAGUGCGACACACUCUAACAAGUAUUGGGUUCGGUAGAUGGGCACGGGCGCAUUGUCCAGGCAAUCGAUAUCAUUAUAUGACAUCUAACAGCGCGGAGUCUAUUAACGUUUUAUCUAGACACUCGCGUAAAAUGCCGGUAACACAACUCUUAGAGUUCUUCCGGCAAUCUGUACAAAAGUGGUUUUACGAUCGCCAUUUGCAAGGUAUACAUGAAAAACAUUUACUUACACAGUGGGCACAGAAGAAAAUUUUUAAAAAAAUUGAAGGGUCUAGAACAUGGACGGUUGCUGGGAUUGAGUUAAACAGUUAUUCUGUUGCAGACAGUGGAAAGGGGGGUUUAGUGGACUUUGUUAAUGGAACAUGUAGUUGCCGAGUUUGGCAGGUUUCUGGUUUACCAUGCGGGCAUGUUAUCGCCAUUUCAAAAUUUUUAGGUGAAACCGACUGCAGUAAGUAUUGCUUCCCGUGUUACUCCAACGAAGUCUAUAAGAAAACUUAUGAAGAAGCGAUUUAUCCUCUCCCGCAUAGAUCUGAAUGGGAGACUCCAGAAGACCUUAUCAAUCUUCAAUCGCCACAUAUGACAAAGCGCCAGGCUGGUCGUCCUCGAGAAAACAACCGAAUCUUAUCCCGCGGGGAAGAACCUACUCCCCUCUAUUGUUCCCGAUGUAACUCAUAUGGUCAUCAUCGGGAUGUAUGUCGGCAGCCCAUGCCGUCAGAAGUUCGUACUUGCAAACACCCAGACAAAGGGAAAGGGAAAGAAACCGAUAAUCCUGAUGAUUUUACACAAUCUCCUGCUGAUUAUAUAUAUCCGUCUUUCAACUUGGGAGACUUUUAA